CAUACACAUACUUAUUUCCUUAAGUUUGUAGCAAGGCAUGGCGCAGAUGCAGUACUCACCGAAGCAGCUAGCUGCAGUGCUGAUCUUAGCUCUCGCGUCCGCCAUGAUCGUCACCGCCCAGGACACGGUGCAGGAAAUCCUGGACGCCCACAACACGGUGCGCGCCAACGUGGGCGUGCCACCACUGACGUGGGAUGACACGGUGGCGACGUACGCAGAUGCGUUCGCGCAGAAACGCAGCGCAGACUGCCUUCCUAUAUUCUCUCCACUGGGCCACCCAUACGGAGAGAACGUCUUCGUGGGCACCGGUUCCGAAUGGAAUAUGUUGGAUGCCGUGAAUUUGUGGGUGUCGCAGAAGUAGUACUACGACCACGCCACAAACACCUGCUCCGCGCCUUCCGGGCAGUCGUGUGAUGCAUACAAGCAGGUGGUGUGGAGGGACACAAAGGCCAUAGGCUGCCAAGGUGUCGUCUGUGAUGGCAACGCUGGCGUGUAUAUCAUAUGUGACUACAGCCCGCCGGGUAACGUGGUGGGGCAGACUCCAUAUUAGGCUACAUAGAUGCAUGUACGCUAGCGGUGUGCCGCACAAAUAAAUAACUAAGGGACACUCCUGCUGAUCGGCUGACCGUGAAUUCACUAAAUUCUCGGUCAACUGGUGACGUGUUCAGCGGGUUGAAUCCCUCGUCCCUUUCAC